CAUUAACAGCACUGUUGUGUAGAAGGUUACAAUCUUAGUGGUUAUAACAGAUUGCAAAAGCGGCAGAUUACUAAACUGCAUACUCCAGCUAUCAACAGUUUUUAUUGUUUCUUUUACAUUUAUCGUAUUCAUUUGUUUUCUUGUAUUGCACCAUGUCUGGCAGAAAAAAGACCUUGUUGAAGGUGAUCAUCUUGGGAGACUCAGGCGUGGGAAAGACGUCUUUGAUGCAGCAAUUUGUCAACAACAAGUUCUCGCAUCAGUACAAGGCAACCAUUGGGGCCGAUUUCCUCACCAAGGAGAUUUCCAUUGACGGCAAUAAACAGGUGACAUUACAGAUUUGGGACACCGCAGGUCAGGAACGAUUCCAGAGCUUGGGUGUAGCCUUCUACAGAGGUGCCGACUGCUGUGUAUUGUGUUACGAUGUGACCAAUGAGAAGUCGUUGAACAACUUAACCUCGUGGAAGGAUGAGUUUUUGGUUCAAUCCAACGUCUCCAAUCCCCAGGAUUUCCCAUUCAUCAUAAUAGGUAACAAGAUCGAUGUAGAUGAAGCCAAGAAGAUUCCGUCGUUGCAGAAGAAGUUGCAGAACAUCACCAACAACCAGUUGGGAGGCUUGAACUACCCCGUAUUUGAGACUAGUGCUAAGGAUGGCAUCAAUGUUGAAGCAGCCUUUGAAGUCAUCGCGAAGAUGGCUUUGCAACAGGAAGAAUUAAAUGAUGCUAAUGGCAAUGAUGUAUCCGAUGACUAUAACGAUGCCAUCAACAUCCACUUGGAAAGUGAAUCCAGUGGAUGUGCUUGUUAAUGCGGUAGAUAGACACUAUGACUAAUAUUGUAUGAUACUUUAUCUUUGGUAUAUCUAUUUCACAUGUCUGUGAUACAUGUCUAUUGGAUUUCUACGAUUUUUAUCUGAACAUGUCCAGUGUCAAAGUCUCCCAGCUUCGAAUCUAAUUAAAUCUACAUUCAGUUCACCAUACUAUUACAUAGAAUUUGUCUUUUGUAUAGUCAUACAACUUUUGCAAUAUUACAAUGAUAAUAACCUG